GCUACGUCUCAGCAUAUAUUAUCCCGCUCCUGCCUCUUCUUGGUUUUGGCCUAGAGGCGUAGUUCUUUGUCCUUACAUUAUCCCGCCUCUUAUCCGCAUUCUUUGCUCGCAGCGCUUUAUCUGCACCCCCAGUCACAGCCAUGUCGUCACGGAAGAAGGUCUUGCUGAAGAUUAUUAUUUUGGGUGAUAGUGGUGUCGGAAAAACAAGUUUGAUGAACCAAUAUGUCAACAAAAAGUUCAGCGCAAGCUACAAGGCAACAAUCGGUGCAGAUUUUCUGACAAAGGAAGUUCUGGUUGAUGAUCGACUGGUCACAAUGCAGAUCUGGGAUACCGCCGGUCAAGAACGCUUCCAGUCGUUGGGCGUCGCAUUCUAUCGAGGAGCCGACUGCUGCGUCUUGGUGUACGACGUAAAUAACCCCAAGAGCUUUGAGGCUCUUGACAGCUGGCGCGAUGAAUUCCUGAUUCAGGCUAGUCCGCGGGACCCGGAAAGCUUUCCUUUUGUUGUAAUUGGAAACAAGAUUGAUGUCGAGGAAAGCAAGCGAAUGAUCUCCUCGAAACGGGCUAUGACUUUUUGCCAAUCCAAGGGAAACAUCCCUUACUUCGAGACUAGUGCAAAAGAGGCCGUCAAUGUCGAGCAAGCGUUUGAGGUCAUCGCCCGAAGUGCUUUAGCCCAAGAUGAAGCAGAGGAAUUUAGUGGUGAAUACAGCGAUCCGAUCAACAUCCAUCUUGACACCGAACGCGAUGGAUGCGCUUGUUGAUACCCUCGUUCUGCACUUGCUUUUCCUAAUCCUAUUUUACAACUAAGACAUGCUUUGUUCUACUGCUUGUGUAGAGAAUUUCUUGUCCCUUAUCCCACCUGGGGCCUUGAAGGAAUGCGUUCUCGACCCCAUGACCUAUAUAUCCAACUUGGGAGUUCCCUGUGUAACACAUCGACGACGUCCUUCUUCUGUUUGUGCUGGUUCGCAUGAAGAUAUCUUAUCUGGUUCAGCUUGCUCUCCCGUUGUUAAUGCUUUUGUUUGUUUUGAAGGCAUAGUCGUAAUUUCUAGGAGUCUGGAAUAUCAUCACCUUUUUCUCUCAAAGCAUCCAAUGAUGCUUGCCGUUGCCGAGAUGUGGACAUGAGCGUCCUUCUCUAGAUAUGUCAUUUUUUUGACUAGACAUCAAUAAUAGCAAACUUCAUU